AUGGACGAAGAGAUGAAGAGCGAAGUGGAGCCGACCGCCGCGCUGGCGACGCAGCCGAGUGAGGAAAAGCGCUUCGAGAUCAAAAAGUGGAACGCAGUGGCUCUCUGGUCGUGGGAUAUUGUGGUCGACAACUGCGCCAUUUGCCGCAAUCACAUUAUGGACCUGUGCAUUGAGUGCCAGGCCAAUCAGGCGUCGGCUACCAGUGAGGAGUGCACCGUGGCCUGGGGCGUCUGCAAUCACGCCUUCCACUUCCACUGCAUCUCCCGAUGGCUCAAGACUCGCCAGGUGUGUCCACUGGACAACCGCGAGUGGGAGUUCCAGAAGUACGGCAGAUAA